AAAUGCCAAAGACGAAUCAGUUGGUGAGCGUGCGCCGGUACAAACGGAACAACGGAAAAUAGAAAAUUUCCCCCAACUAACGGGAAAAUCGUGUGUGAAAGUGAAAAUAGACGCUAUAAAUACAUAUUCAUACAUAAACACAUAUACAUAGAUAGAUACAUAAAAAAUUUAUUAAAAGACGAGCUAACGCAUAUGUGAAAUAGGCAGUGGACACGCCUAGCAACCGACAAACGCGCAGAAACACCAGCGAACACGCAAAACUCUAUAACAAUUUGUGGCUACGCAAAAGAAGUUUGAGGAAUAAAAAAAAGUUAGUUAUUAAGCGCAUACCAAAAUGGCUGAUAUACCGGAAGCUGUAAAGAAAUGCGCCGCCAUGUUGAAGGGCACCAAAAGUGAGACCGAAAAGUUUGCUGCACUCUUUAUGGUAACCAAGCUGGUGAAGGGUAAGGACUGUAAGGCUGCGGCUAAGAAAUUGCUCUUCGAGGCAAUUGGCUUUAAUUUUCUCAAAAAACUGUUGAACGGCAAGAAUUUGCCCGAUGAUUGCCCACCACUGGUCUACAAGAGUGUUGCCCUAUCGAUACUGACCUGUUUCUGUCAAGAAGAGGAACUGGCCACACACAAGGAUAUGAUCGAUGCCAUACCCACAUUGCUGGAGAUUGUCGAGACCGCCGAUGAUGAUGAUUAUGAAGACAAUCUUAUUGUAGUUAGCGAGUCAUACAGUUGCCUUAAGAGCAUCGCCACCUAUGAGCCGGGCCAGCAGGCACUACUCUCCAUCGGCGCCAUACCUAAAAUGUCACAGAUCUAUUCGGCGCAGAGUUUCCAAACUGAUGAGGCAUUACAUUUGAUUGUAUUGUUGGUGACUAAAUUCGGGAACGCAUCCUGGUCUGAUGAUCCGAAGCCGUUCCACGCGCUCGUGCAGCGCAUCGCGUUGGAUAUGGAGACAGAAAAUAGUGAGCGUAAAUACGAACUUUGCGGUAUACUCUCAUCCAUAUUGAUCACCUGUCGUCGUGAUGUCAUCGUAAACUCACUGGAGGGCGAAAUAUGGCCCGAGAGUAUUUUCAAGGCCAUCGGCGAUAUUUUGAAGGCAAAAAUCGGACCAAAACAGCGUGAGCCGGCUUUACAGUUGAUUGCGACCACAUUGCAAGUGCUCGGCAUACAAUGGGCUUUUAUGGAUGAUCAAAAACAACUCUUCCUAUCCAUACUACAAUUGGCUGCCAUUGAGGUGCGCAUGCAAAUGGAUGAGAAAAAAUUGGAGACUACCUUUAAGCGCGCUGAACUCAUCACCUGCUGUUUCGUUAUACUUGAGCUUUGCAUCGAGUACAUGGCCACCGAUCAGUUAGAUUUGGAACCCAAAGAAAAGCAAACCACUUACACUGCUCUAAAGGGUGCCUUCAAUCAGGUACUGGCCGUAUUGACACGCGUCUCACAGGACAAGAUCAAGGAUAAUGGCAGUCCACGUGACAAAGCUUUCAUCUGCGCUAUUGUGCGUAUACUCUCCGCUUGGUUGGCACAAGAGACGACCGCUAUGCGUCCAGCCAUCUACAAAAUCCUGCCGUUCAUGUUCAAGGUAGGCAACGAGUCAUUCCAUGACCUGAAAGCUUGGCGUAAUGGCACACGCGAAGGUGAGCCACCAGUUGAUGUAUUGCGCGUAAUGCUACCGGCGCUCUGCCAUUUAGCAGUAGAGGAUGACGCACGUAAAGUGCUCUUUACUACCAAACAAGAUGAAAUUUUAUUGGAACAAAUUGAAUUCUACUUUACUAUUGCACAUUAUAAACGGCCACCGAUACCACGCGCUGAACGUCUUAAGCGCAUGAACGAACCCGAUCCCGUGCCCACACCCAAACAGCUGGAAGAAAUGAAAGAUGCACGCGCCGCGAUUGUCUCCCUUUGCAAUAUUUUAAUGAACUUGACUGUACUCGAACCAAAACUGGCUGAAGACUCACCACUUUUUGCCAACGUGCUCAAAUUUGUUGUUGAAAAUCUGCCCGAACUGAAGGAUACACCCGAUAAUCUGGUCAUGCACGGACACUUGGCAGUGCUUGGCCUGUUGCUGCUCAAACAGCAAUCGAAACGCGUCAAACAAAACGAUUUCUCCUUCUGUCGCUACAUACAGGCGACAAUUCGUUUCUUAUGGGAUGCCUACAACAUUGACGAAUCCAAUGAUCCCACCGCCUUGGUGGUGUCCAUAGCCUACAAAGAGCAUUGGAUGGAAAUUUCGGAGUUAUGGUUCCUUGGCAUGCAGACGAUUAGCGGUGUGCUCGCAUUGGUGCCUUGGCUAUCAGAGUUCGCCAUCGAAUCGGGUUGGGCUGAGGGCAUUGUACAAACACUGAAGAAGGUCAAAAUCGGCACGCUACCACCCAACGUUAAGUCUGCCUACGAGGACUUCCUGUCGCAAUUGGUCGAGGUUAACUCAUCGGUAGUGGCGGUAUUGAAGAAAGCCGACGCGCUGCGUGUCUGUCGCAAUCACCGUAUGAUGGACUUGGGCAAGAAACUUUUCGGCGAUUAGAUGAAGUCGCAAAUGACAGCAGCAGUGGGCGUACAGCCGAAAAGAGCGUGCAAAGCAAAAUCUUUUGCUUAAACUAAUUAGAAAACAAAAGAAAAAAAAGGAGAUUUAUAAAGAAGAGAGAAAUUUUAGUAUAAGUCAAAUGGUGAAUUUAAGAUUAACAGUCAAAUUUGUGCUUAAUAUUUUUGCUUAGUAUGUGUAAGAGCGGAGAAAAUUUUGUUUUUGAUGUCGACUUUUGGAAAAUAUCUCGAAAUCUUUUUUGUACUUUUUGGUUUUUGUAUUGCAUGAACUGGAUUUCAUUUUCA